CGCAGUUGAUGUGAUUCCUCUGUAUUAUCUCUGUCCGUAGGUGAAUUAUUUAAUGUUUCCUCUGACAUUUCUUUAACAGUAUAAAAGCACAGUGUCAAAAGAAAAAAACUUUGUAUGAAUUGUAUGAAUGUAAAAGUAUUAUCUUUGUCAAAGACAACUCGCUUUGCAAAAACGACUCGCUGUUUCUGAAGCCGCACGAAGGUAAGUAAACUGUGUUAAAGCACCUGUAUUUAUGGAUUCAUGUGGCAGAGAUGGUGACGUCGACUGCUACGUCACAGUCUCUCCUUUGAGUAGAUCAAAGCAUCAAAGAAGCGGUCAGUGUCAUUCCGCGCAUGCUCAGAUCAUGCGUAUUGAAAUGAACGGGAUAUUUAUUUAUUCAUUUUAAAUACCUUGCUAUAUAACAAAGGCGACUGCGCACUAAAAGGACGAGGAGAGUUCAAAAUAGGGCUGUUCGAUACAACGACACAUAUCGGAUGACGAUAUGAAAAAGUCUAUCGUUUCAUAUUACGGCAAUAUUUUUUCAUCGUUUUUAUGGUCACUGUAGUAUUAAUUUCCAAACGGCGCCCCAUACUCUUUCGCUUAUAUUUAAUAUAACCACACUCCGGACGGACAAGCGACUGCUGUUAUGCGUUGUCGUUAGCAACAACGACGGUAAAACCAUACGCUGGGGCAAGAGGGGGAGAUUACCCACAAACUGAAUAUGGACAAGAUUUACUACGGCAGCGGAAGAAUCCGCUGGAAAAGGCACAAGAUAAAUGACAGGUCUUUCCUAAGAAGACUGAAGUGACACCUCCUCCGUCUAGACCUGAGAGAGAAACUCCCACUCACACAGUCAGACACAUAAAUGUGCUCUCUGUCGGAGAAGUCGUGCUGUUGCUGAACUGAAGCUGUGAAUUCAUUCAAAGUGUUUUUACAUACACAAGGAGAUUAAACAACAGAAGAAGCAGUCAGACAAACAUAAUGGAAAUCAUUCAAUCAGUUACUAUGACAACAAUGAGUAGUGUGGAGUCCACAACCAUUAAUCUGUUCCUGGACUCUGAGUUUCGUUAUGUGCUCAUCCCAGUCUCCUACAUCAUCUUCUUCAUCCUGGGCUUCAUCUCUAACCUCUACGUGCUGUUUGUCCUGCGCUGCCUUCAUCAAGCCAAGGCCAUGGGAGAAAUCCACAUCUACAUGACCAACUUAACUAUCGCUGAUCUUCUGUUUGUGUGUGCUCUUCCCUUUUGGAUUGACUACUAUAUGCGUGAGGGAGACUGGCUUUAUGGAGACGUCAUGUGCCGGGUGACAGGCACCUUCUUUUUCAUCAACACCUACGGCACCAUCCUGUUCCUUGCAGCCAUCAGCAUCAACAGAUACUGGGCGGUGACUCGGCCUCUGGACGCAGCCUCGUCGGACCACAGAAUUCGUGGAAUUAUUGUUUGUAUUUGUAUCUGGGCGUUUAUUGUGGCGAUGUCUGUUCCUUUUCUGAUGAGUCCAGGGAUCAACGUGCACCGUAAAAACAACACUGACAUACGUCGCUGUUUUGAGGGAUACCAGGGUGGAACUAAUGACAAGAAGAAAAAAGUGGCUGUAACUCAUUUUUUAAUAAUUGGAUUGUUUUUUGUUGUCUUUUUACUCAUUGUGAUAUGCAAUAUCCUUAUUGCUCGAAGUUUAAUUUUUAAAAACUCUCCUCAGUCGGAAAGUCAGUCUUCAGGAACACAGUCUAAAAUGCCCAAUUUAACGUCAACGUUUAAACGACCCACAGGGGUGAAACGGAGGGCUCUCCAGAUGUUGCUGGCAGUGGUGGGAGUGUUUGUUCUGUGUUUCCUGCCACACCACAUAGUUCAAGGCCCCUGGGUUCUGGCAGUGCUGGAGAUCGAAGACGGCUUUGGCCACGUGAAUUACAACGAGACCACUCGUCAGUUGCUGAGCGAUGCUCAUCAGAUCACCCUGGUUCUUAUGGGCCUCAACUGCAUUUUGGAUCCUGUAGUUUAUUAUUUUGCCACAGGGAAGUUUAGAGGACUCAUCAAGGCCCGCAUUAAAAAAUUAAUCCCAUGCACCCAAACUCAGAGCUACCACUUAAACCAGCCUGCAUCACCUGUUUGGACUCUGGGAGGAAAUCAGAGGCCUCAUACGAAAGCCACAAAGGCCGGGAGGCAGGAUCAAACUCCUCACACUGAAAGGAGCUCAGUGGUCAUUGCAUAAAGUAUUUUCAAAAAUAUCACUUAUCCAGCAUUUUGAUUUUUCCUCGUCAGGUUGGGUGUACCAAACAGUGCAAUAAGUUGAAAGCGCAGAUGUGCGCUUGAUGCAAUAAGCACUUUUUUAUGCAAUAAAGUUGUCUUUUUCUCAAUUACAUCCAAAGACUGUUUGGACACUGUUCACAUACCACCAACCCAGUGAUGUCAUGUUCUUUACCGAUACAAGAUGGCGCUAAACAUGCUUUAAAAACUUUAACUUUCAACACUUAUUUCUUAAAUCCAGCUUCAUAGACAGAGUUACAUCUAUGACAGUUGUUUACAGUAGUGCUCCAUGUUGUAAAUCAGCCUUUAUACAUGUGGUGUUUAAUGUGCACAUUAAAGGUUGGAGAGGCUCGUUAACCUUAAUCUCAGAAUUAUACCUUGGAAUCAGGGAGAGGAGCAUUCAUUGUGUUGUGUGUUUGUACAUAUGUGUAGUUGUGUAGUUAAACAUUUAUAACACAACAUCACCGCUCUCACUCAACUACAGUGAGUGAGAGCGGUGGUUCACGCAGUUCACAGAGUGCUGUAUGGAGCCUGCUUGAAAGACUCCCAUACUGUGCUUUUAUUAGUCUCUACCUCCAUCAUGUGUUUUAAAUAUAUUAUUGCUCAUUUGUCUCAGUGGCUGUAAAGAAAGCAGUGUGAUCUUCAAACUGUACUAACAUCUUUGUCAAGAUGUCGGAUCAUUGUGAGAAUCAACAUCCCAGGAAGUUUUGAAUGGCCUAUAAGAAACCUGGAAAACUAUUCCUGAAGAUUGCUUAAAGAGUAUUCAAGGUGUAUUGAAGAAUAAAUGUGGCAUUAUAAAGUAUUAACUUUCUCUGUUGUUAAAAUCAUGGCACUCUGGUUUUGCCUUUUAUAUUGUAUAUAUUAUAUUGCAUGUUUUCACGUGCUUAAAUAAAUCUGUGCCCCUGUGUUCAUCUUUUUCUUCAAAAUAUAAUGAAGCGAGGGGUAGCUCAAGACUUUUGCACAACGCUGUACCUAUUGACCUAUAACUGAUCUGUACCUAUAACUGGUUUUAAUAUAAAUACAAGAGAUUUGUGAUUUAUGACACAUCAUCUCGUGGAAGUUCAUCUCUAUUUUUGUUAUCUUGUGAAAUUAUUACUCAGCAUUCUCUUAGACAUGAUGGACUGUUUAAUGGAAGUUGAUUCAUGGAAGAUAAAUUGUUAAACGAUAUGGAAAACCCAAUUUUUAUGUACUGAAAACUCCUUUUCUGUCAUUCUUCUUUACCAUUUUCUUCCCUCUCACCUGCCUCACAUGUUUUUAUUUUUAUUUCCUCAUCACUGAGGAUCUUAUUGUCAUGGUAACC